CCCAUGGUUGCAAAUGAAUUUUUGGCGCACGCGAAGCGCUGAGUUCUUGGAAAUUGUUGCUAGUUGUUUGGUUAAUAAUAGCGCAAUUGAGCUGGACCGCAGAAUGAAACUGAGCACGACUUCGCACUCCGAGAUUGAGGGCGAGGGUGCCCAGAGCAAUGUGUUGUGUGACUCCGCGUCCGCUCACCUAGCCGCUGAUGAAGUGGCUGCGGGAAACGACGGGUCGGUGGCCAUCGAUGGCGACUAUGGCGAAGUCGCAAAGGACGCCGUCAACAGCACAGCAAUGCGCCGAAUGGUGAAAGCGAAUCCCGGUCAGGACGCCGAGGGGGCAGCAGCGGCGGAGGAGUCCGAUGCGGAAGUGGAGAACCAACGACAGACGCCAAACCAAAAGCAGCAGCGACUGCCCGUGGUGAACAGGAAACGCGAUCUAAUUAACUUGCAGUCGGCGCUGAGCCCCAAAUACAUUGGCUAUGCCAACGCCAACUCGCCCACGCCACUUUCCGAUUCCGAUGAUACGAUACGCACCACAAGGCGACGCGUCAACCAAGCUGUGUCUCUGAAUAACAGCAGUAGUACCUGCGAGACCCUGUAUCGCGACAAUGCUUCACCAAAGACCACCGGGGGAGGAGUAGGGGGUAGCAGCCAGCUGCUCAGCACCAACACCAAGAACUACAUGAGCCCCAUCGAGAAGCUGUUGAUCAAGAAUGGCGCUAGUUCACCCAACAGCACGGGCUUCGAGGCGGACGCCGAGGACCUGGCCAUCCGCCCAUCCGUUCGCAAGCAGCUCAAGCGCAAAAUGAAGCGCACAUCCAAAUCUAAGGUGUCCAUAGACAACGAAGCAGAGACUCUGGAAGAGAAGGCCAUAAAAAUAGAGCCAAACGAUGGGAAAGCCUCCGUGACGGAAGAAUCCUUAAAACUUGACACUGAAACUUCUACGAUCUCCAUUAAAUCUGAGACUGAGGCUGAUAAUGAAGAGGCCAUUGAGGUUCCUAUAAAGCAUGAGGAGGAUCUCAGCAUGGAAAUAGAUAUAAAACCAGCAGAAAGCACUCCCAGAGUUCUUAGUGAAGAACCUCAAGACUUGGACAACAGUCCUGAGCAACUGACCUUCGCCCUGCCAUUGUCCGCCUCUACAGAAGUGAACGUGAAAUCUCCGCCCGACUUGAGUUCCAGUGCACUCGGUGCCUCAGUCAAAUCCCCCUCCUCUGUGAGCAUAGAUAGUGCCAAAGGCCUCUCUAUAGUCACUGAUCCCGGUUGGCCCACUUACCAAGUGGGGGAUCUGUUCUGGGGCAAGGUCUUCUCGUACUGCUUCUGGCCAUGUAUGGUGUGUCCCGAUCCGUUUGGCCAGAUUGUGGGCAACAUGCCGAGUCAUCCGCAGCGCUCAUCCCUGGAUAAUGCCACGGUGCCCAUCCAGGUGCACGUGCGCUUCUUUGCUGACAACGGACGUCGGAAUUGGAUCAAGCCGGAGAAUCUGCUGACAUUCGCCGGACUCAAGGCCUUCGAAGAGCAGCGCGAAGAAGUGCGCAUCAAGCACGGACCGAAGAGCGCCAAACACCGUCAGAUGAUUCCCAAGCGGAACAAGGUCGUCAUUUGGCGCCAGGCCAUCGAAGAGGCUCAGAUCAUGACCGAGAUCCCUUACUGCGAUCGCAUCGAAAAGUUCUACCAGAUCUACGAAAGCGUCAUCACUCUUAACAAACAAAAGCGCAAACGAACCAAGUCUAUGAUGCAGGACACUUCAGACGUCGGCAGCAGUCUGUACGACUCCACGGACAAUCUGCACAACAAGCCAAUCACCCAAUUGCUGGCCGUGAAGCGGGAGCGUUCAGAGUCGCCCUUCAGUCCGGCUUUCUCGCCCGUGAAGAGCAAAAACGAGAAGCGGGCCAAGCGGCGUAAGUUAAGCGGUGGCACCGAGGCGGAUACUGGCAUGACAGUGACACCCUCUCAGACAGAAACCAGCUUGGAAAAACACCUUACGCCAGAGAGCUCUUCCCUUUACGAGAACCCCGAAUUCGAGCAACUGUUUGCUGCCAUAAAGGAAUAUGUGAUGGUGCACCGGUCCGAGGAAAAAGUGGAAAAGGUUCUUCUCGCCGUGGUCACCAAUAUCUGGUCCCUGAAGCAGAUCCAGUUGCGCGACCUCGAACGUGAUUUGGCCAGUGGCGAGGUGGAGCAGCCGUUGGGCUCAUCGGUGGUGGAGCGCGGCCGUGGUGUGGGCACAAUCAAACGUCUCUCGAAUCGCCUGAAAACCAUGAUGAUUCGACGCAGCAUGACUCCGGUUGUAGCACCUAGUCCAACGCCCGCUCUUUCAGAGCCAGAACGUCGUCUUUCAGAGGCGCCAAAGCCCAAGAAGCCCUUUAACCGGCCCAUCGAUGAGGUGGUCGAGGACAUCUUGCAGCUGGACAGCAAGUACCUCUUCCGUGGGCUUCACCGCGAGCCGGUGUGCAAAUACUGCUACCAGGCGGGCUCUGAUCUGCAGCGCUGUUCGCGCAAUUGCAGCAACUGGUUGCAUGCCGACUGCCUAGAACGCAAGGAGACGGGAGCUCCUAUGCCCAAGUUCGGCAGUCGUAAGACCACUGUUAUCUCACCCACAUCCAAGUCGCCGAGUCCCGAUGAGGACCACGUAACAGCCGAUGUCAAGGUGGAUGCCAGCGGCACUGAAUUGGUUUGCCACGAGUGCAAUAUCGGCGAACCGGAAGGCUGUGUCAUCUGCCACCAGGUUGAGUCGCCUUCUAAUGCUGUACUAGGCUCCCCGAUCAAGGAAGAGGAACCCUUAACGACUGCAACCGAAGAUAAGCUAAUGACCUGCAGUCAGCCACUGUGUGGCAAGCAGUUCCACAUAGGCUGCUGCAAAUAUUGGCCUCAAGCAAAUAGCAGCAAAAGCUCGGCCCGUUGCCCGCGGCAUGUGUGCCACACUUGCGUUUCUGACGAUCCCAGCGGCAAGUUCCAGCAGCUGGGUAGCUCCAAGCUGGCAAAGUGCGUUCGCUGCCCGGCCACCUAUCAUCAGGACUCCCAUUGCAUUCCAGCAGGCACACAAAUGCUAAACGCUACGCAUAUAAUUUGUCCACGUCACAACAUUGCCAAGGCGGAUGCGCACGUGAAUGUGCUGUGGUGCUACAUUUGCGUAAAGGGCGGCGAACUGGUCUGCUGCGAAACGUGCCCAAUUGCUGUGCACGCCCACUGCCGAAAUAUUCCAAUCAAGAAGAACGAGAGCUACAUCUGCGAGGAAUGCGAGAGCGGACGAUUACCAUUGUACGGUGAGAUCGUGUGGGCUAAGUUCAACAACUUCCGAUGGUGGCCGGCCAUUAUACUGCCGCCCACCGAGAUACCCAGCAACAUCCUAAAGAAAGCCCAUGGCGAGAAUGACUUUGUCGUGCGAUUCUUUGGCACCCACGACCAUGGCUGGAUUUCGAGGCGUCGCGUUUACCUCUACAUUGAGGGGGACACUGGCGAUAGCCACAAAACCAAGUCGCAGCUGUUCAGAAACUACACUACCGGCGUGGAGGAGGCGUCGCGGUUCCUGAAGAUUAUCAAAGCAAGGCGUCAGGAGCAGGCCAUCAGACGCCAAAACGGCGCCAAGCUUCAUCCGCCGCCAUAUGUUAGAAUCAAGGCAAACAAGGCGGUGCCGCCGGUACGAUUCACCCAGAAUCUAGAGGAUUUAAGUGCCUGUGACUGCCAGCCGAACGACGAGCAUCCCUGCGGUCCAGAUUCGGGCUGCCUCAAUCGCAUGCUUUUUAACGAAUGCAAUCCGGAAUAUUGCCGGGCUGGCGAUCGCUGCGAGAAUCAGAUGUUUGAGUUGCGCAAAUCGCCACGUCUGGAGGUGGUUUACAUGAACGAACGGGGAUUCGGACUCGUUAACCGAGAGCCCAUUGCCGAGGGUGAUUUCGUCAUCGAGUAUGUGGGCGAGGUGAUUAACCAUGCCGAGUUCCAGCAGCGCAUGGAGCAGAAGCAGCGUGAUAGGGACGAAAACUACUACUUCUUAGGCGUAGAGAAGGACUUUAUAAUAGAUGCGGGACCAAAGGGUAACUUGGCACGGUUCAUGAAUCAUUCGUGUGAGCCGAACUGCGCUACCCAGAAGUGGACUGUCAACUGCAUCCAUCGAGUUGGUCUAUUUGCCAUCAAGGACAUUCCUGUGAACACUGAGCUCACCUUUAAUUACUUGUGGGAUGAUCUAAUGAACGACAGCAAAAAGGUCUGUUUCUGCGGAGCAACUCGUUGUUCCGGCGAGAUCGGUGGCAAGCUCAGGGACGGCACACUCAAGGAAACAAACCCACAGACAAGCAAGGGAAAGAACAGUGCCAAACUGAAGCAGUUGCGUCGUUUAAAAAGUUCCGCUGUUCGCAUCCACAUUGCGGCUGGCAAGAAAGUUAAAAAGGCUCCCAAGGUUAAACACAUUAGUGCCGACGAUGAGCCAAUAGAACAGAUUAAGAAAGAGUAAUGAAUACCGAUUAGAUAAAAGCAAUAAUCGCUCAAUCAAUCUUUUUUUAAACAUUACAUUAUUGUUGUAUUAUGUAUAAUUAUUUUUAGCUUGCACAUGUAUUUAUUUCCGAAAAUUCACCAUUAUGUUUAGUAGACAAUUUGUCCACCAUAUGCGCCCUAGACCGAUGUUAUGAAAAUAAAGUGAAAAAAUUAUUUUGUAA